GGAAACAGUGAGGAGGAAGUCGGUCGAAUCGUCAGCGGGGUUAAGGGUUUGACUGUGACAAGAAACACAUUUAAAUUAGCAGAGCUCUCGCUCCAUCAGCUGUAAUGUGUUUUGGAAUAUCCGGUGUCCUCAUUUAUUAGCGUUUCUGGCGCAAAAGCGAAAGCAGACUCUAUUGUCAACUUUGAUGUUCUGGGAGAAGUGAUGGCAGCAGCAGCUAUUUUGGCUCGAGCAACCCUGAGCAGAGGAAUUACUGCCCACCGCCUCAGUAAGAAUGUCACCUUUUACAUAAAUGAAACAGUAUCUCCAGCCCCAGGAUGUCAGAGCCAAGCCUCUCGAGACCAUAAACCCCUCAUGCUGCUGCUGCCAUGGCUGGGCUCUCGACCCCAAGCUGUGGAUAAGUACUGUGAAAUCUACUUCCGCACUGGCUUCGAUGUGCUUGUAGUGGAGAGUGAGGUGCAGGAGUUCCUGUGGCCGCGCUGGGGUCUGGAACACGGCGAGAGACUGCUGGAGCUGCUCCAGAGUGAACGCUUUGUAUCCCGCCCACUGCUCAUCCACGCCUUCUCCAUCGGCGGCUACACGUUUUGUCAGCUGCUGGUUCACGUGUCUCGGGACAUGCAGAAAUAUCAGUCAUUCACAAAGAGGAUCAAAGGCCAAGUCUUCGAUAGCUUGGUGAUCGGCUCCCUGGAGAGGAUGGCUAUCGGUUUAGGUAAGACUGUAUUUCCUCGCCUGGAGACGCUGGUAAAAAAACUAAGCAUGCUUUACUUUAGCAUGUUCAAACAACAGACGGUGGAAUACUUUAACACAAGCAUCGACGUCUUUUGGAACACUCCUGUCCCGGCUCCCGCGUUGUUCUUCUUCUGCGAAAACGACGCGUUAAGCCACGCACCAACUGUGGAGGAACUGAUCGAAUACUGGCAGAAGCGCGGGAUACCGAUCACAGCGAAGAAGUGGGAGGAUUCAACACAUGCGGGUCACUUGAAGAGGCACCCACAAGAGUAUGUGACCACUUUAGAGCUGUUCCUCCAGUCACUCGACAUGGCACCACUCAAGGCCAAGAUGUGAGAUGGGUUACUGACGACCUAAUUCCAUUAACUUGAUAAUGCUUUUAACCUCAAAAUAUUUGUUUGCUUAUGUCGUGUUGCUGUUACAUGGGAAAUCUAACUUAUUUAAUGUUUAAAGACAGCUCACAGGUGUUUUGGGUUUGUACAGUUUCUCAUAUUCCACUACAAAGUUUAGAAGCCUGGGGUUCAUUUUAAACUUGGAAAGCAGUCUGUGUAAGGUCAGACUUGGGCUGCAACAAUUUUCUUUAUUAAUCCACUAGUUGUUUCCAGAAAAUCCAGAAAAAUCUGGAUGUCCAAAUUAGUGACAUCUACUGGUGAGACUGCAGAGUGUAGGCACCUCCGCUCACUCCUCCUGUUCUUUCUUUUGCUUCUGCUUUACAAAUAUUAAAUGCAGCCUUGAGUAUAUAAAAGGAUAUUUUUAGGAAAAGCAGAUGGUUUUAAACCCUUAAACGUACAUAUGUAUGGUAGUAUAGUAUAUUCAAAUUUUACAAACAAACCAUCCUAAAUGUUACACAUUGGAAUUGAGAGACGCUGAAAUCAGGAAACCCCUUUUUUAUACGUAUGACAACCAAACAAAUGCCCACUCAAAGUCAUCAAUUAUCCAAAUAACUGGCAGUUGCUGUUCCAGCCCUAUUUUAGACACAGUGCCAUUAUUGUCAUCUAUUGCAGUUCACUUAAUAUCUAUAAUGUUUACUUUAUUUAAUACUGUAAGUUUAAUACUGUGUACACUGCAGAUAUAUUUGGGAAUAUUUAAUGAACUUGAACUAAAAAAACACAAUAAGUGCCUUGAAGAAUAUCUUUUCAUGUGUGUGU